AAAACUUCCCGAGACGCGCCCUACGAAUCUAAUUCGAGAGCGCGUGUGUUUCACGCGACCAAACGAACGAGGACAUUGAUUACCUAACAGUUAAGUCCGGUAGGUGAACGGAGGCAAUGGAGGGAGCCUGUGAGAGACGGCCGGAGAUGGUGGGGACGGUGGCGGGAGAGGUGGAGGAUUCAGGCGCCGGAGAAGAUAUGGCGGCGUUUUCCGGGGAGGGGGCGAGUGGUGGAGGGAAGGAGCGAGUCAAGGGGCCGUGGUCGCCGGAGGAGGACGCGGUGCUGAGUCAGCUCGUGAGCAAGUUCGGACCGAGGAACUGGAGCUUGAUCGCUCGUGGAAUCCCUGGUCGGUCCGGAAAGUCUUGUCGUCUCCGGUGGUGUAAUCAGCUCGAUCCGUCAGUGAAACGUAACUCGUUCACCGGGGAGGAAGACCGGAAGAUAAUUGAAGCGCACACUAUUUACGGAAACAAAUGGGCAGUGAUUGCAAAGCUUCUCCCGGGUAGAACAGAUAAUGCUAUCAAGAACCACUGGAAUUCUACUCUAAGGCGUAGAUACAUCAUGGAACUUCAAAAGGCUACGAUGGGAACCGAAAACGUGGCUGAAGAUUCUGUCUUUGACGAGGCCAAAGCCUCAUCUGAAGAAACUUUAUCUUCUGGCGGCGGUUGUCAUACUGCACCUAAAGAGACAACCUCCAUGGAAAUGUCCGAGGAAAAAUGCCAAGACCCUCCCACUCUCUUCCGUCCGGUAGCUCGUAUGAGUGCUUUCAACGUUUACAACCACAUGGACGGAUCCAAAACCGCUUCUUCACUUAUGUCUGGACAGCAUCAAAUGGAAGAAUCUAAACAGGACAACCCAGUUCUUAGAUUACUCGAAGGAGCUUACAACGAGCGGUUCGUGCCUCAACAAUGUGGACGAGGGUGUUGCAGCAAUCUCGGCGAUACUUAUCCUCGAAACUCGGUUUUGGGUCCGGAAUUCGUGGAUUACUCGGAACCAGAAACGAGCCCAAGCUUCGAACUGGUGGCUAUAGCCACAGAUAUAAGCAGCCUGGCUUGGCUGAGGAGCGGAUUGGAGAAUAGCAGCGCAAGGGUAAUGGAUGACGCUGCGAGUAGGCUAAGGCCGAGCGGCUCUCGAGGACGAAAUCUUGGUCAUUAUCAGAACAACAAAGUGGAUAUUCAUCAUGGAAUCUCGGACAGGGGGAAGGAAAUGGCUAAUGUUCUGUCCAUGUAGUUUUAUUUCUUCCAACAAUCAUAACAGAGAAAUAUUCAUGCCUAAUUAAUAUCUCCACUCGUUAA